CGUGCUGCUGCGCAUGCGCAGACUGCGCUCCCAGCCUCAUUAGACCUUAAUGGAAAAUGGCUUCGUUUCUGAUCCAAACCUCUGGAGCUGGGAAAUAACAAAACAACCCCCCCCCCCGCCCCGUUAACGGUUACCGGCCACACCGGGGCUCCGCGGCGGGCCGACCGACGUCCCGCGGCGGGGAGACAUUCUCGUUCUGGGCGUAAAAUGGAUCCAUUCGCGCUUUAAAGGGAUGAAAGAUCAUUUUCCUCUUUAACCCUUUCUGGACCGAAUCAACAAUCGAGAAGAUGAUGCGCCAGGUGACAAGCGGCGACUUCUGCAUGAGCGGCAGGCCGUCGUGUUUGGCGGAGGACGGACGCCACGCCCCCUCCCACUUUGACCUUUGCACCCAGGCCAACAAGUUCUACCCCCCCCCGCCCCCCUCCUCCCUGCAGAUGACACUAGCCCCCAUGGCCCUGCCCGCCCAGGGACACAAGCCCAUGGCGUGCCAGAGACAGGAGGCGCUCGCCGGCUCGCCGGGGAAGAUCCCCGACAUCAAAGGGGGCGGCGACCCGCCUAUGGACGACGGGAAGAAGAAGAGCGGCAAGGGGGGGGGCAAGUCGGGGCGGCGCGGAAGGCCCCUGGGCACCACCAAGCUGGCCGGGUACAGGACCAGCACGGGCCGGCCGCUCGGAACCACCAGGGCGGCGGGGUUCAAGACCAGCCCGGGGAGGCCGCUGGGCACCACCAGGGCGGCGGGGUACAAGGUGAGCCCGGGGCGCCCCCCAGGGAGCAUCAAGGGCCUCGCCCGCCUCAACAAACUGGCCUACGGGGGCAGCGCCUGCAGCGGGGCGGCCUUCCCCUACCCGCUGCCUCACAAGGAGAUCCUCCUCGAACCCUCCUGCAAAGAGAAGACGGCCCCCGAGUGAAGCUUCUGCAUACGGGGGGGGGGGG